GUCAUAUUCAAAGUGAAAUGUGCAGCUGAAUUCAACAAGUACAAGGUCCUGUUGUAUCUGGGCUCCGUAUUUACCAGCCUCCUCUUCUUAGUUGUGAACCUAACUUGUGCAAUGUUAAUCCAUGGUGAGGUCCCGGAGAACCAGCUGAGGUGGACAGUCCUUGCCCGCGCCCUGGUCAACGACAGCCUCUUCAUCCUCUGUGCCAUCUCGCUGGCUUGCUGCAUGUGCAAACUGGGAAAGAUGUCUUCAGCGAAUGUCUACCUCGAGUCUAAGGGAACAUCUGUCUGCCAGGCUAUUCUUGUGGGAUCUGUAGUCGCUCUUCUGUAUUCCUCAAGGGCUUGCUAUAACCUGGUAGCUGUGGCCAUAUCUCCAGACAAUGUUCCCGGUCCUUUUAACUAUGGCUGGGACAACCUUUCGGACAAGGUGCACGUGGAAGUGAGCAGUGAAGAAUACGUCGUGUUCGGAGUGGUCCUCUUCCUCUGGGAGCUGGUGCCGACGACUUUCGUGGUGCUGUUCUUCCGGGCUCAGAGACUGAGUCAAAACUUGACUCCAGCAGGGAUGGUCAAUAGUCACAGUUACAGCUCCAGAGCCUACUUCUUUGACAAUCCGAGGCGCUAUGACAGCGAUGAUGACUUGUCACGGCUUGGGGCCAGAGAAGGAGGUUUGGCCACCCCUCAGUGCUCUGGCUGCUACGGGUCCCUGGCUGGGAAUGAUAGCUACGCGGUGGGUCCCCGUCUCGGCGGAACCGCUACGGACAGUGCUCCCUUGCUCUUUGCCGCGGGCGGCUCGGAGAUGAAUAAUCACCACAGCUCAUACCCUGCACCACAGAACUGA